AUGUCUUCGACUGUCGGUAGAUUAGUUGCCACUGCUGGUGAUAUGGACGUAAGUGGCCUGGCUGCUAUCGGGUACUACCUUAGGCUAUAUGCUGUCGAAUUAAUACUGGAUGAAUCAAGGGAUCAGAGAUCUGAAGAGCAAACACAGUUGGCUACGAAGCUAUUAAACCAGGUAGAAGAGUACAAGACCGCUGUAGACACUUCUAAGGACGAAGACCAGGGUGCUUUUACAAUUUUACACGACCAAGAUAAGGCCAAGACGUACGUAUUGAAUUUUACUAUGUCAUUAUACAACGAGAAAUUGAAGCAGUUAAAAGACGGAAACUGGGAUGCUAGUCUACGGAGGGGACUGUGGUGCUGCUUGGAUUUGUUUCAGUGUAUGAGCAAAGUGUGGGGGAUGCAAAAUGAAUUGAAAGAUAGGAUAAAAUAUUGUAAAAUAUACUUGAGGAAAAUCGCAAGGGAGAAACCACCAGUGCCUCAGGUGGAUGACAAGGAAUUGGAUGAAAUGUUGGAAAAGCUGAAUACAGAGUCCAAAGAGGAGAAUAGUCCACCCGCAUUUAUUGAUGAAUCCGAGGAACGAGGUUCAGAGGGACCCACAGUAGAAGACUCAGAGCCAGAGCCAAAUCCAGCGCCAGCGCCGGCACCAGAGCCAAAGAUACCAGAGCCAAAUAUGCCAGAGCCUGAAAAGGCCACAGAACCAUCGCACAAGGAGAGCAUUCCGCUCACGCCUUCUCGUCCCGCUCCCGAUUUUAAAACAAUGAUGGACAGAUCCUCCUUAUUUGGGCAGAUUCAGAAAAAGGCCAAGUACGUUAUAAGCGCGCUUGAUUACGAAGACGUCAGUACUGCUAGACAGGAACUAACGUCUGCACUUUCGCUACUACAACAACUAGAGGAACAGUAA